UCGGACGGCCGGGUGUGUGUGUCUGGGGCGGGUGUGCUACAGUUUUUAGUUUUAGGGCAAACAUUACUUUGUCCCCUUAUAAUUCACCCAGAUUACUAUUCUAAACAUGCUACGGAUAGCAGUAAGUGCCGGAGUUCGGAGGGCCAGUUCAGGUAGCCUGGUAGAGGCACCAUGGCAGGCAAGCAGUAUGAGACUGUACGGCACUGCCCCUCCUCAAGGGAAUCCAGCCCCGCCCCUUAUAAAGAUCACCCCUAACUUAUCUCUACAAAAGGCAACACUACCCGAGGGAGAACAGUCCAAACAGCGCCCUCUUGUGUUGGUACUAAGUUGGCUUCUAGCCAAGCAGCGGCACCUUGACAACUUUAUCAAGUUUUACACAAAUCGAGGAUGUGAUGUUUUGACUGUGAGAAUUCAGCCAUUGCAGAUCAUGCUUCCAACCAAAGGAUCGCAAGUCAUCGCCAAAGAGGUCGUCAAAUUUCUUCAGAGUUCGGAAGUCUGUGAUCGUAAGAUCCUCGUUCACAGCUUCUCAGUGGGUGGGUACCAGUACAGUGAGGUCCUUCAGCAGAUGAUGAGGGUACAGUCUGAGUCGCAGGAGAUUACCGGCCGAAUCAUCGGCCAGAUUUACGAUAGUCCGGUAGAUCUGAACGAAGUCGCCAUUGGAAUGUCAAAGGCUCUUUUAAAGAACAGACUUCUCCAGAAGACGAUGCAAAAGAGUAUAGACCUUUAUCUGAAAGCAAUGCACAAACCGGUCACCCAACACUACCAGAAGAGCUCCGAGGUCUUCUUCCACAAUCCAGUCCCUGCCCCUUCCCUCUUCUUUUACUCUCACAGCGACUUAGUCGCGACGGCCGACGCCAGCCAGCGCGCCAUCGCGUCCCUCCAAGACAAGAUGGGGCAUCGGAACAUCCACAGCAAGUCUUUUCAGGACUCGCCGCAUGUCAGUCAUAUGUAUAAGCAUCGGGACGAGUACAUGGCGACGUUGAACGCGUUCCUGACUAAAGUGGAGUAUUUCAAAGAGUCCUCGGAAGAACACAAGGAGCUUCCCGAUCUUGUCGGGGAAGAAAUGCGGGGGAAGGAGGUGGAAAUGUUUUAAUAAGUCGUUCACUCAUUAGACCGUUUCGAAUAACCCCUCUGUUGCUUUGAAAGUCGCCAUCUUGUAGGGCAAACCUUAUGCACGUCUAAACGCGUUUAUCAACCAAGCACGCAGCAUGCAGCGGUCCCGGUUUGAAUUCUAUGGCACAUGUAAGCACAUGCUCACAGACGCCAUGUUGUAGGGCAGGUAUUUGAAUGGUGACUUCAUAUUCAAUAGGGUCUAUUUCUCAAGAUUGUUAAAGGCAGGAUACACUUUUGGUAGUUGUCAAAAGCCUCUUUCCCAUUUGUCUUUUUUUUUUUGGUUAAAGUACUGUGACUUUUCUGUAAAAUGACAAAUUAAAUCCAAUGAGGGUGCAUGUUGAACUGCCCUCCAUGUCAACUAACCGCAACCAUGAUGUAAAAGUAACGGACCUAAAGAGGUCGCGGAAGAGUUCUGAAAGCCAUGGUAACUUAAAAAGGCCGCUUAAAGGCCAAUGGGAACAGCUCUGCGCUGCAAACCUACUGCGACCACCACGCUGUAAAAGGCUUUACAAACGUCGCGGAAUAUUAAGGUGCAAUGGGAACAGCUCUGCGCUGCAAACCUACUGCGACCACCACGCUGUAAAAGGCUUUACAAACGUCGCGGAAUAUUAAGGUGCAAUGGGAACAGCUCUGCGCUGCAAACCUACUGCGACCACGCUGUAAAAGGCUUUACAAACGUCACAGAAUAUAAUCCCAGGUGGGAACGCACGGUAGAAUUACACCAAUCACUAUGCAAAGCCAUUCAGGGUAACUUUCCGCAUGGCCGGGGGGGAAAAAAAUCCAUUGGGAACGUGGCUAAAGACAAGUAUCCCAACGUUUUGCGUAAAAUGACAAACUUGUGAAACUUGAAUUGGUCAUCGUAGUUGCAAGAAAAAAAAAACGACAUAAAAGAUACCUGUGUUGCAUAGGAUUGUGUGCUUUCAGAUGCCUUAGACAGAAUCUAUGCCUAAUACCUUUCUCAGAUUCAAAAUUUUCAGGAGGAAAUAAAUCUCUUUCUCUAAAACUAAAUUACUUAAUAGGGAGAAGCGAAGAUGAUUGCUGGUGACGAGACUUAUUAAAUACAAAAUAUUUAUUAAACUAAGAUGAAAAACAAAUAAUCAUGUCAUAAAUUUAUAACGAGCUUUGCUUGCAUGGUUGUGAUUUUAUUUUUGCUAAGCAAACUUUAAAUUAUAGCUUUAUAUUUUUGUAUAAUUACAAAGUUUUUGCCUAAGAUUUAUUUUAUCACUAUCAUAAAAAAUACCUUGCAGCUAGUAGAGAAGCUCACUUAAAAUAUUUAACCAACUUUAACACAUCACAGCAGUCGGAUUUCAUAAAGACAGUGGACACUAUUGGUAAUUGUCAAAGACUAGCCUUCAU